CAGGUUUUUUUUGCAGCAGGAGAAGCAGGAAGCUGCCCGGGUAAAUCCUCCCUGCUGGUCACAUGACUCAGCCGAGCCGCCGCCGCUCCCCCUGGGCUUAGUUCAGCGCUCGGCGCACGGGGAGGGGGACCAGCUGCUGCAGCCGGAGCUCCGCAGCCGCCGCCGCCGCUCCUGCCUCGUCCCUGCGGGGGGAUUUCCUGGCCGCCCGCUCCAUGCAGCGCCUCCAUUGCGGAAGUGCAGCGGGGGCAGCCUGAGCGGCGGCGGGGCUGGGCUGAGCUGGCCCGUGGCGCGCCCGGCUCCCGGCGCUGGAUGGUGCUGCGGGGGCGGCCGGGGCCGGCGCGGGCAGGAGUAACAUGCUCACUCGCGUGAAGUCCGCCGUGGCCAAUUUCAUGGGCGGCAUCAUGGCUGGCGGCUCGGGCGCGGAGCACGGCGGCGGCUCGGACCUGCCCCUCCGCUUCCCCUACGGGAGACCCGAGUUCCUGGGGCUGUCGGCGGACGAGGUCGAAUGCUCCGCCGACCACAUCGCCCGGCCCAUCCUCAUCCUCAGCAAGGACACCAAGCGCCUGCCCUGGACCACGGGAUACGCCGAGGUAAUAAAUGCAGGGAAGAGCACACAUAAUGAAGACCAAGCAAGCUGUGAAGUGCUUUUUGUAAAGAAGAAAACUGGAGGCACUAUUUCCACACCUAACAAAAAUACGUCCACAAAACGAAGGUCCUCACUGCCAAAUGGAGAAGGACUACAACUAAAAGACAACUCGGAAAAUGAUGGCAUCAGCUUGUACUUCUGGUCCCUGUUUGAUGGACAUGCUGGAUCUGGGGCAGCUGUGGUAGCAUCCAAACUGCUUCAUCACCAUAUUGUGGAGCAGCUGCAGGAGAUUGCGGAGAUCCUGAAGAACUCUGCGGUCCUUCCCCCAACCUGCCUAGGGGAGGAGCCAGAAAGCCCAGCCACUAACAGCAGAACUCUAACCAGGGCAGCCUCUCUGCGUGGGGGGGUUGGAGCUCCGGGCUCACCCAACACCCCUCCAACACGCUUCUUUACAGAGAAGAAGAUCCAACAUGAGAGCCUUGUUAUUGGAGCUAUUGAAAGCGCAUUCAGGGAAAUGGACUUGCAAAUCGAGCGAGAGAGGAGUGUUUACAAUAUAUCUGGUGGCUGCACAGCCCUUGUUGUUGUGUAUAUGUUGGGGAAACUCUAUGUGGCAAAUGCUGGUGACAGUAGGGCUAUAAUAAUCAGGAACAAAGAAGUUAUCCCAAUGUCUUCAGAAUUCACGCCUGAGAGUGAGCGUCAGCGACUACAAUAUCUGGCUUUCAUGCAGCCCCACUUGCUGGGAAACGAAUUCACUCAUUUAGAGUUUCCAAGGAGGGUACAGCGCAAGGAAGUUGGGAAGAGGAUGCUCUACAGGGACUUUAACAUGACUGGCUGGGCAUACAAAAGCAUUGAGGAGGAUGACUUGAAGUUUCCCCUUAUAUAUGGAGAAGGCAAGAAGGCUCGUGUCAUGGCAACUAUUGGAGUAACUAGAGGACUUGGAGACCAUGACCUGAAGGUGCAUGACUCCAAUAUCUACAUCAAACCUUUUCUGUCUUCAUCUCCAGAGGUACAACAUCCAGGUCUUUGUUGUAUGGCCUAUGGGAUUGGAAGAAUAUUAAACUAAGUGCACUUUGUUCAU